UUCCACUAUGUAUAUAUAUAUAUACAUCCACCUUAAUAGCUAUCCUCUACCAAGUUUGAGUUUCAGAGCUCCAAUGGCUUCCAUCAGCUUUUUAGAAAUUCCUCUCGUUUUCAUACCCUUUCUUUUGGUAUUUUUUCUUCUCUCUCUCAAGUGGAACUCUAAUGGGCUUCCUUGGAAUUGGCCUUUCUUCGGAAUGACUCUCAAUAUUUUCUUCCAUUUCCACCGAAUUCAUGAUCAUCUCACUCAAAUCUUAUACCAAUCUUCUUCCACUUUCCUUUUCAAAGGUGUUUGGUUUGCUGAUCUUGAUUUCUUCUUCACAGCCAACCCUUCUAAUAUUCACCAUAUUUUGAGCACUAAGUUCGAGCGAUACCCCAAAGGCCCUGAUUUCAAGUAUAUUUUUGACAUUUUGGGAGAUGGGAUUUUCAACUCUGAUUCAGAUGUUUGGAAAAAUCAACGCAAAACCGCUCAUUCCUUGGUUCGUGAUGAGAAUUUUCUUCAGUUCUUGGAGAAAAUUACAUUGAAGAAAGUGAAGGAAGGGCUUGUUCCGAUUCUUGAAAGUGUUUGUGAGAAUGGGUCGGUGUUGGAUCUGCAAGAUUUGUUUCAGAGAUUCUCCUUUGAUUCAACUUGUAUGUUGGUCACUGGCUUCGACCUCCAUAGUUUAUCUCUUGAACUCCCUCAAGUUCCUUUUUCCAAGGCCAUGGAUGAUGCAGAGGAAGUGAUUUUUCUCCGACAUUUUUUCCCUAAACCAAUAUGGGAAUUUCAGAAGACAGUCCAUAUUGGUCAACCCAAAAGGCUGAAACAAGCUUGGAAAAUCAUAGAUGAAACCAUCGCUAAAUUGAUAGCCUCCAAAAGGGAAAGCUUGGGAAAUCAGGUGAAAGAAGAGGGAGAUCAUGAGCAAGGAGGAGUUGAUUUGAUUACAUCCUAUAUUACAAAUACAAACAAAGAUGAUAAGUUUUUGAGAGACACAGUCCUAAAUUUCAUGAUUGCAGGUAGAGACACUCUAAGUUCAGCUCUCUCUUGGUUUUUCUUUUGUCUUUCGAACAAUCCCAUUGUUGAAGAAAAGAUAAGAGACGAGCUCAAGACAACGAUUCCAUUAAAUGAAUCUCGUGAUGAAUGGCGGAUAUUUUCCAUUGAAGAGUUGAAGAGACUAGUUUACUUUCAUGGGGCUUUGUGUGAAGCACUUAGACUGUAUCCUCCAGUUCCAUAUCAACAUAAGGUUGCUGUGCAGCAUGAUACUCUCCCAAGUGGCCAUCACAUAAAUCCCAAAACAAAGAUUGUGUUUUCUUUAUAUGCAUUGGGAAGGAUGAGUGAUGUGUGGGGGAAAGAUUGCAUGGAAUUCAAGCCAGAGAGAUGGAUUACAGAGAAGGGAAGUAUCAAACAUGAACCAUCUUACAAAUUCUUGGCCUUCAAUGCUGGGCCAAGAACUUGUUUGGGGAAAGAAGUGGCUUUUAUUGAGAUAAAACUAGUUGCAGCUACUAUUAUUCAUAACUACAACAUUAUUCGACAGAUGGGGUAUAAGGUUGUUCCAAAUCCUUCCAUUAUUCUUCAUAUGAAACAUGGAUUCAAGGUUAGAAUUACAAAGAGAUGGUGUUGAAACUAUUUGAAAUGGCGUGCUAAAGAAGCAAGUUUCUCCAUUUCUUCAACUCUCAGGUCAACCACAUCCUAGUAUUGUGUAUUAAAAAUUUAUUUUUUAAAAACCCAUCCUUCUAAGAAAUAAGAAGUUAGUAUAUUAUCUAGAAAAA